AUGGACGCGCCCGAAGCCGAGCUCGACGUCAAGCUUCAGAAAAUCUCGGCCGACCUGCUCGUCGACCUCGAUGGCGCCAUCACCUCCCUCCCCCGAAAGGCCGACGGUCAUGGCGGCAUGCGAAUCCGCUCCUUUGUCCGCGUGAGCGAGACCCUUGACGCGACGACGGCCGUCCUCGACUGGUUCCAGGAACUCCCCCAACUUCUCGAUCCCCAUCUCGCCAAGUGGAUUCCUUUCCUCGCCGACGCCUAUCUCGAGUACGCCCAAGGGCGUCCCCGGAUGAAGCGUUCCCACGCCCGCUCGGCCUUCCUCUUCCCCCUCGACCACGCCAUUUGCCGCAUCCUCUACGCCUUCUGCAAGGUCCGCGGCGAAAAGGUGAUCCUUCGCUUCCUCAACGUCGAGACCCGAUAUCUCGAGCUUCUUCUAUCCGACAUGGAGGAGGCCGAGGAGCGUGCGCGGGCCGCCGACGAGACGGAUGCCGUCGGGUGCUGGCGGUGGGAGCAGAGGUACCUUGUCAUGCUGUGGCUGUCCCAUCAGCUGCUGGCCCCCUUUGACCUCUCGACCAUCUCCUCCGUCGACCUGGACGACGCCGACUUGCCGGACAUACGCGGGCUCCGGUGGCCCGAAAAUCUCCCGGCCAUCACGAUGCGCGUCAUUCCCCUGGCCGUCAAGUACCUCGCCGUCCCUGGGAGGGAAAUGGACGCCGCCAAGGCGCUGCUCGUCAGGGUGGCCAUGCGUCGAGACAUGCAGCGGCUCGGCCUUCUCGACGCCCUGGUGGGCUGGGCGCUUGCAUCUCUCCGGCUGCAAAAGGACGAAUCCCCUGCGUCAACCUUCUUCUACAUCGGCGUCUUGUGCUUCCUCGCCGGCCUGCUGCGCUCCUCGGCCGAGACGUCGGACAUGGACGAGCAUCUCCCCAAAAUCCUCCACCUCGUCCACGGCAUCGCGACGGGCCAAGAUGAGCUCUCGAAACUGCUCCUCCCCCUCGCUCUCGUGCGAAAGAUCAUCGUCAAGCUCGUCCGCUCCGUCGCCGUCUCGCUCCUUCGCAGGAGGACGGAAGACGUGGCGACGACGGAAAUGAUCGAGACCAUCAUCGGCUACCUCCUCGAGAGCGUCUCCGAUGGCGAUACCCCCGUCCGUCUGUCUGCCAGCAAAGCCCUCAGCAUCGUCACGCUGAAGCUCGACCCCGCCAUGGCCUCGCAGGUCGUCGACGCCGUGCUGGAGUCCCUGAACCGAAACGUCUUGUGGGCCAAGCCGACGGGAGGCGACGCCGUCAAGCCGGUCCGCAACCUGUCGGCCGUCAGCCACCUCGAGUGGCAUGGAUUGACGCUCACCCUCUCGCAUCUGCUGUAUCGGCGAUCGCCACCCGCGAGCCAGCUUCCCGACAUCAUCCACGCCCUCCUCCUCGGGCUCUCCUUUGAGCAGCGCAGCACCUCCGGUGGCAGUGUGGGAUCCAACGUUCGUGAUGCCGCCUGCUUCGGCAUCUGGGCCGUUGCCCGUCGGUACACGACCGACGAGCUCCUCGCCGUCCCGACAAAGUCCAUUUUCGCCGCCAAAGCAUGCCGGUCCGGCACGUCCAUCCUGCAGCUGCUGGCCGUUGAGCUCGUCACCACGGCAUCACUGGAUCCCGCAGGCAACAUCCGUCGCGGCGCCUCGGCCGCCCUGCAGGAGCUCAUCGGCCGCCAUCCCAACACUGUCGAGCACGGCAUUGCCGUCGUCCAGACGGUCGACUACCACGCCGUCGCCAGGAGGUCGCGGGCCAUCGAGGAGGUCGCCAAGAAGGCCACCAAGCUCUCACCCCAGUACGGCGAGGCCAUCGUGGACGGGAUUCUUGGCUGGCGAGGCAUUGGGGACCCCGAUGCGUCAUGCCGGCGAGUUGCCGGCGCUGCCUUGGGCGCGUCCGAGGCCGAGUUGUCCAAGCUCGCCCCGGGAGGUGUUCUGUCGCGGGUCGACACGUCCAUCAGGGCCAUCACGCGGAGGAUCCAGUCUCUUGCGAAGCGACAGGUAGAGGAGCGGCACGGCCUCCUGCUCUGCCUCGCUUCGAUCCUCGACCAGCUGCCGCAAGCGAUGCAGGCCGCUCGGGAGGGUGGUCCGGAGAGCAACUUGAACAUGUCCGUCACGCUGCACGAUGCCCUCGCCAGCGUAUCUGUGAUGCUCGAAGACUGCGCCUCUGUCGAGUACCGAAAACCGGAGUUGAUCGCCGAGGCAGCAAGCAAGCUUGUUCUCUCGUCGCUGCCAAUCCUCCAGGCAAUAUCGUUGCCGGGCGGGUCCACGGCCAGCGCGGUGACGGGGGAGCGUGUUCUCACCCCUUCGAUGGCACGAAGCCACCUCCAGCUCGUCUCCGCUCUCGACUCGCAAGAUGUCGUGCAUGCCGACACAGAGCUCUUGACCUCCAGACUUCGCGUCGUCCUCCCAACCUGGCUUGGCAGAAACGAGGGCGAAACGGUCGAGCCCGCAGCCGCAGCCGCCCUCCUACUCCUGCUCUUCUCUAAACCUGACGACCGUGCCGCUACACUGCAGGAGUUGGCGGCCGCGGUGCGAAACAAGCCGGCCGGUCGCGCGGCGUCCACGGGCCAUGGCUACUUCCUCGCACUCAGCCUCGCGCAACCCCUUGCCGAGCUUGCGAGCCGGAGCACCGCAGAGACCGAUGCCGUUUGCGAGGCGCUACUCGAACGCUGGAGGGUGGACGGGGAGACGGAGACCAGGGUCGCUAUUCUGCAGAGCCUCGUACGCAGUCGAGUGCUCCGGGCCAAACCCUUGACCUUCCUUGGCAUGCUGCGGGACGGGCUCGACGACUACACAACGAAUGCACGUGGCGAUGUCGGAUCCCACGUUCGAUUGCAGGCCUUGCGUGCCGUACAGGUCUUGUGGGAGGACCUGGCCGACGCGGAGCGGUGCCAGGAGAGGUGGGUACAGGAAUCCAUCGAGGUGCUCUUCCGCAGCGUUCUUCGUCUCUCGGCCGAGAAAUUGGAUCGUGUGCGACCUGAAGCCAAAGCGGCCGUGGCAUUGGCGCUCCAACCGAAACACGUCGAACGGUUCGAGUCCCUCACUUCCUCCUCCACGCUCUACUUCAACGCACUACUUGCGCUCGGCUCGCUCGACUGCCUCCUCCCGGUAAUGGAACGGGCGGCCAAGGCCAACGCAGGAUCCUGGAUGGCCGAGCUGCUCGCCGGUUUCGUCACAUCGGCCGACACGGGCAAUGACGACCUCGUCAUGGCCAGCCGCACGGCACUGACAAACUUUUGCGAGGCAUCCCCGGACAAGCUCGACUCCGUCUGCGCCGGGCUCAUGCAAAAUAUAGGGACACCCCGAGGCGAGGAUCGCGUCGUGAUUCCGACGCUGGAAGUGGUCGCCUUUCUCUUCCACUGCGGACUGUUCCCGAAAUGGCGCCACGUGAACCUCCGCAGCCUGUGCCUGAAGACGCAGAAGGCGGGCUACAAAUCUGGCAGUGUUCGGAAGCUGCUGGCCUGCAUCAAGGUCUACGGGUGCGUGGCCUCUCUCGGAGUGGACGGGGCCGCCGGCAGCGAAGCAACGGCCGCCGGAGUGCAGGAGGCGCGCACGAGGCUCGGCGCUUUCCUACUCCAUCCGUGGCCGCGGGUGCGGACGGCCGUUAUCGACGAACUUUGGGGCGUUACAUCCAUCGACGACAAGGCAGACGGACGGGGCUUGAUGGGCGUCGAUUGGGCGACGGCCGACAGAGCGAUGAUUGACGGCAUCGUGCGAGAGCUCUGGCCAGUCCCUGCAAAUUGA